GCCGAGCGCAAGGACCUGCGCAACCACCUGAGGGCGCACACGGGUGAGCGCCCGUACCUGUGCGCGGAGUGCGGGAAGAGCUUCGGCCGCUCGUCGUCGCUCUCGUGCCACCAGCGCAUCCACGCCGCCGCCAAGCCCUUCCCGUGCCGCACCUGCGGCAAGGCCUUCACCCAGCUCUCCUCCUACCAGAGCCACCAGAGGGUCCACACAGGCGAGCGUCCGUACCUGUGCCCGCAGUGCGGCCGCACCUUCGGCGACCCCUCGAGCUUCCGGCGGCACCAGCGGGCGCACCAGGGCGUGAAGCCGUACGGCUGCGGCGACUGCGGCAAGGCCUUCCGGCAGCCGGCCGACCUGGCCGUGCACCGGCGCACGCACACCGGCGAGCGGCCCUGGCGCUGCGGCGACUGCGGCAAGGCCUUCGUGGCCUCCUGGGACCUCAAGCGGCACCGGCUGACGCACUCGGCCGAGCGGCCCUGGCGCUGCGGGGACUGCGGGAAGGGCUUCGGGGAGAGGGCGGCGCUGGGCAAGCACCGGCGCACGCACUCCGGGGAGCGGCCGUUCGCCUGCGGGCGCUGCGGGAAGGGCUUCGGGGGCGUCUCGGCGCUCAGGAAGCACGAGAGGACGCACGGCAGGGAGGAGGGGGGCGGCGCUGAGGGGGGCAGUAUGGCUGAGGGCAAUGUGGCGGGUGGUGCGGGGAGCAAUAUGGCCGCCGGCGCAAAUAUGGCCGCCGGCACAAAUAUGGCCGCCAUUGGUGGGAGCAAUAUGGCCGCCGGCAACGAUAUGGCCGCCGGCGCAAAUAUGGCCGCCGUUGGGGGGAGCAAUAUGGCCGACGGUAAUGUGGUGGCUGUUGGGGGGAGCAGUAUGGCCGGCAACACAAAUAUGGCCGCCGUUGGGGGCAGCAAUAUGGCCGCUGGCAACAAUAUGGCUGCCGGCACAAAUAUGGCUGCCGUUGGGGGGAGCAAUAUGGCUGAUGGUAACAUGGCGGGUGUUGGGGGUAGCAAUAUGGCCGCCAGUACAAAUAUGGCCGCCAUUGUGGGAAAAAAUAUGUCUGUCACCAAUAUGGCUGCCAUUGGGGGCAGCAGUAUGGCUCAUGGUAAUAUGGCAGCCAUUGAGGGGAGCAAUAUGGCUGCCGGCACAAAUAUGGCUGUCGUUGGAGGGAGCAAUAUGGCCGAAAGUAAUAUGGCGGGUGUUGGGGGGAGCCAUAUGGCUGCCGUUGGGAGCAAUAUGGCCGCCAGCACCAGAAUGGCUGCCAUCGAGAAAAACAAUAUGGCCGGCACCAAUAGGGCUGCUAUUGGGGGGAGCAAUGUGGCUGACACCAAAAUGGCGGCUGUUGCAGGAAACAAUAUGGCCGCCAGCACCAAUAUGGCUGCUAUUGGGGGAAACAAUAUGGCCGAUACCAAUAUGGCUAACACCAAUAUGGCUGCCAUUGGGGGGAACAAUAUGGCCGAUACCAAUAUGGCUGACAGCAAUAUGGCUGUUGUUGGAAAAAACAAUAUGGCAGGUGGUAAUGUGGCUGCUGUUAGGGGAAACAAGAUGGCUGCCGGCAGCAAUAUGGCCGCUGGCAAUAUGGCGGCUGUUGAGGGAAACAAAAUGGCCUCCACCAAUAUGGCCGCCAUUGGGGGAAAUGCGGUUGGGAUUGGAGGAAACAAUAUGGCUGCCGUUGGGGGGAACAAUAUGGCCGACACCAGUAUGGCCGACAGCAAUAUGGCCGCUGUUCUGGAAAACAAAACGGCCAACACAAAUAUGGCCGCCAUGUUGGAAAACAAAAUGGCCGACGCACAAAUGGCUGCCACCAACAUGGCUGCCGGAUCCAAGAUGGCGUCGGGGCCCCGCCCAUUUUAUUGUCCUGUAUGUGGGCGGGGCUUCGCCUCGGGGGCGGGGCUAAGGCGGCACCAGCGACGUCAUAGCCCCGCCCCCUCCGGCACAGCGUAG